AUGCCGCCAAAUUCGACCCGCCGCACCCGCUCGCGCCGGGAGACAGAGAUACAGCAGCGAUCCGAUGCGAAUACCCCGGAGUCAAUACAGACGCCGUCUAGAAAGAGGAGGCGGGUCACCGGUCCCGACAGCGCCCGCACGACCGCCAAUGGUGCAGAGCGCCGCAGCACUACGAUACAGGCAGCCGUAUCCAGAGAAGCGACCGUCGAGCCCACGAACGACGAGGCGGACACUAGCGAAGUGAUCGAGGACGAGACUCUCAGGGUUAUUAGCCGGUUGAGGACCUCAGAUGCGUUUGUUCAAGCCGUGGUCGACUUCUCCAACGACCUGGAUGUAGAAAACCCGUCCACCAGGAAGGCUUACGCAAAGAUUGCUGGUCGACAAUGGAGUUAUUACAUGAAAACCCCUGGGAUCAAUAUUGGCCGGGGCAAAGAGGCUCCCCGAUCCGCACUCAAGGCUGGUCCACUGAACGAGGCUCCCGUCUCGCCAUCCCAGCUCUCGCCUGACCCCAAUGCUGCCUUCCCAAUCCACAUCGACCUGGGACCGGACAACCGCAUUUCCAGGCUCCAUGCAGUUAUCGAGUAUGAUGCCGACAAUGAGCAGUGGGUCCUCUUUGUGAACAGCCGCAAUGGACUUCGAGUGGAUGACUUUCAUGUCGAGCACGGCAAGAGGACGGUUCUGCGUUCGGGAUCCGUUUUCUCGGUUAAUGGGACGGAGAUGAUGUUCCUGCUUCCGGACGGUGAGGUCGAGAUUGCCCAGGCCAUUAUGAAUCGUGUCAAGCAGCAGCCGAAGGACGGCGACGAUACGGAAGAAGGGGAUGAGGACAGUCCUCGUCUACCGCAGAGCCAUCUCAAACCCUCGUCGCCGCGACCUGGUGCUGGUGCGCAGAAACCUUACCAGCAAUCGUCACAGAGCUACAGUCAACACCCGCCACAACACAGCGGUCAUGGGCAGUUCUCCGCUGCUGUGAUGCCAUCGUCUACUUCUGCGCAGCCUGGUACUCCCGGAACCAAGCCAGGACAGGUGAGGGUUAAAGCGUCGCCUGCGUAUUCUCGUGGACUCGUGAUUGAGAGCACUCAAGAGAUUGACUACGCCGACGAAUCAAGCAAGGACUUCAAACCACCGCACAGCUAUGCACAGCUCAUCGGUCAGGCGAUCUUAGGCACGGAUGAGAAGAAGCUUACACUGUCCAAAAUCUAUGACUUUGUCCGGGAGAAUUACGCGUUCUACAGGCACACCGCCACAGGAUGGCAGAACUCCAUCCGCCACAACCUUUCGCUCAACAAGUCUUUCGAAAAGGUACCCCGCGACACGCACGAGCCCGGCAAAGGCAUGAAAUGGCAAAUCGUGCCGGACCACCUCGAAGAAUUCAUGAAGAAAGCUAUCCCACCUACGCGCGGCAUGCGGCCCUCCGCGUCCUCCGGGCCAAACUCUCCCGCAGCCAUGCAAGCCUCGGAGCGCCUCCAAGGCGCCCUCGCAGGCGUCCCCCAGCACCAGCGCCCCGGCAGCCGCGGCAUCAAAACCGAGCGCAUCAAGACUAGCCCCCGCUCCGUCACGCCACCGCUGAUGGCCGCCUACCCGACCGCCCAGGAGAGCUACACCCCCGACCGCGGCCCCGCGCGCCGCCCUACAAUACGCACGAAUGACCUGCCCCCACCUCACACAGCUGAAGCCCGCACCCCUAUCUCCGCCAACGACGGCAGCCGCAGCGCCUCAGCCCCACACCCGCAGUACGCCUCCGCGCACGGCCCGAAUCCGCCAGGCACGGCGCCGCGCCGCUCACACGUCGGGCUGACGGAAGCGGCAUCCCAGGGUUCACCGCCAGCGAUGGGCUCGACGCUCUAUGCGCAGGACGGACAUCAGGGCAUGCUGAUGACGCCGUUGGUCGAGCGGCAUAAACCUAGCCUGGCGCCGCCGAGCUCGAUGCGCGCACCCAGCCACUUCAUGCAUAACAUCAUGAGCUCCCCGGCGCCGUUUUGGAAGUUUGCGGAUCAUGCGCUUACGCCUGGGAGGGUGGUGGGGUGGGGGAGCAGUCCUGUCAAGAGGAAGGUUGAGGAGAUGGAGGGGGAUGACGACGAAGGAGACGAGAUUGAGGAAGGCGGGCCUGUUGGCCAGGCCGGCGAGUCCGGUAGCACAGAGGUGGAGGGCACGAAGCACGACAGCGCCACGCAACUAGGCAAGACUGGUGCGCACGCACAACACCCCUCGUCCCCGCCCCCCAUGGUCUCAGCAGAGCCCCGGGAGCAGGCCGAGCACAACUCAGACGCAGACGACUCCCACGAUGACUCCCAUGAAGACAUGUCCCCCACGCGCACCCUCUCGCGCCCGGCAACGAGACAAGGCCCUACGCGGCCCAGCACCGCGACUGGUGGAGUUCAAGCACUGCAGGCGCUCGGCCCGCCGCCGAGGAUGGCCAUGCCGGUGCAGAUGGGUAUGGGAGGUCUACCGGGGCCGGUGAGGGGGCUGGGGAUUGGUGGGUUGGGUGGUGUGCACGGGAUCAGUGGAGCUGGUGGGAUGAACGGAGUCGGGAAGGUGGAUGAGGAGGAGGAGGAGGGGAUUGAUCUUGCGAAGUAA